GUAACAGGAACUUAUCCGGCAGAACCGCCAUCUUGAAUUUUUACGGAGUUCGAAGGGAUUCUCAGUAACAUCGGAAGCAAAUAGAAGCUGAUCUUUAGCACCAUCAGACCAGGCUCACUAUUGAGCUGUUGCAAACGACAUUUUAUCUCUCCAUCUACACAAACUCAUCGCCGCUUCAUUGCGGCUCCGCGGCUCUCACUAACGUCACGCCCAGGACGAUUGCUAGAGGGAGAAACCGUGAUAGUAGUCGGGAAUGGCAUCUACAUCAAUCUCGGCCGAGUCGGCCUCUCCCCCGGAGGCGGACAAGCCCCGUCCGCUCAGCAUUGAGGAGCUCUGUUUCACAUCGGCGAUGAGCUGCUUUGAAGGGUGGCUCAAGCUUGACCCGGCAAUCGGUCCUCGUACCAUGGCAUAUGUCACCAAGUUCAUUACCAGAACACUUGAAAAGACACAGAACUUGAAAGACGUUAGGGAGACGUUAUCCAAGAGUGUCGAAGUCUGGAUAUGGCUCACAAGGGAUUUUGCGGCUGCUAUUCCAAGCUUAACUACACGAUCAAUUGGUCCAUUAGCGAGCCUCAACGAUCCUGACAAGGGGGUCACUCCCCAGGAGAGCACGGCGCUGAUCACCAAAAACUAUCCCUCCCUGAAAGAGGAUCUGCAGCUACUCAUCAAGCUCAUGCACAUUGCUCGGAAUAUGCUGGUUGUUCCGGAACCCGAAAUCCCCCAGGAUCUGUGUGCCGCUGCCCAGUUCGAUCAGAUGCUCUACCAGACCAUCAUCCUCUGCAUCAACGUCACAAGUAAGGCUUAUGACGGCGACGUCCUUGAAGAGGCUGCCCGGCUGAAGCUGAGCGAAAUCACCGAGCUUUAUAAGAAAUUGCUGGUCACCUGUCUUCAGCAAGCCCACAACUGGAUCGCCAAGAACGACAGGAACAAGAUGGCCUUCUGGUCCACCGUCCUCUUCGACGAUGACGCCCUCGCGGACGAGCCAGACGGCAGCGUGGAUGGAGAGUUCCGGCCCGACGUCGCCAAGACUGAGGUCCAAAACUGGUUUGAGCGGAACUCCCGGUUCUGUGACAAGGCCCGGCAGCUGCUCACGGCCUACGAGGAGAACGUAGCAAGCAAGGGCCUUCCUCCGGGACACCUGCCUCGCAUUUCCCCGCUUGCCUGGAAUUGGCUACCCGAGGGCGCAGUGCGUGUGCGAGCAGACGACGUCGACGACGACACCAAGAUCACCCCGCAGUGGAAGGAGGAUGAGCCCGAUAAGUUCGAGCAAGACAGAGCCUACGGCCGGGUGUCAAGGGAAAUCGACACGUGGUGGCUGAAGAUACGGGACGCGAACUAUGACGAAUGGGUGGUUCCCAUGCCUACGGUGGAGUUCGCGCAGCAGAGGGCCGAGAACUGCAAGGCAAAUCUCGUCAACCGAUACGCUCACUCAUACCGCGCUGCGGAGCACGAGGGCUCUGUCCACUCUGCUGAAGGCGCUCCGUUGCCGGAAGGUUCAGGCAACCAGGAAGGGAAAGAUGGCGGCCAUUACGUCCACGACUACAACGACGACAUGAUCGAGGAGGAAGACAUCGAUGACGACGAAUCAUACGGUGAAGGGCCGAUGAACGGGUUGCUCACUGAGGUCCCCAACAUCCUCGAUCCCAAGCAGAUCGAGGCCUUGCACAUGAUCGUCAAGUCGUGCAUCCUCGAUAACGCCGGCCUAGCGCUGAGUAGGGCGGGUGAAAACCUCCAAAAGACCAGAUGUAGGAUGUUCUUGGCACUCGAGUGUGGAAGGAGCUUGCUGCGAGAGAUUCUCGUGUUCAUUGCUGUGUGGGAGAAGAGCGAGCAGUCGUUGAUCUUCCAACUCACGACCCAGAUCGUCGAGGCGAUCCACCACAGCGCGCUAGUUCCCUACGCCUGGCAGUCGUUGCGCAUUCCCAAAGACAUCAUAUCGCCUGCUCAGACUGUGCUCCUGAGGCUGGUAAACAACAUGUUCCGCGCUCGGAAUAACGACCCGCCACCCGCCGACUCGAAGGAGCAUCUGCGCGAUGUCAAACUGCUCCACUUCCUGUUCAUCCAAUUCCGCAGCCGCAUAGUGCCCGAGUGUGCGGCCUUGAUGUAUCUUCAGGCGCAGAUCCGCAAUGACCUCUGCGACCCGGCCGACUUCCCGGUAGACAGCUGGGACAUGGAGCGCGCCAAGGACGGCAUCCAACAGUUCCUGGAGCUCCUGAUAACUGUGAACGAGCUCCCCGAGACCAGACAGUAUCUCAUCGAAUGGGAAUCCACAUACGAACUCCUCACCUUGCUCAAGGGCCUCGAAGCCGGCGUACCGAAAAAGCCCAUGGUUGAGAUGCCCAACCGCUCAGCCCAUCGCCAACCACCACCGCCACCGCACCCGGACGACCCGGACCACGGCUACGACUCGGAGGAUCACCCGCUCGCCCCUCCCCCUCCUCUGGAAGAACCAGCCCACAAAUACCCCUGGGCCGGCAUCAAAGGCCAAAUCCUGCACAUCCUGGCCGGUCUUCUCCAGCCUCCCCCCGGCCGGAGCAGCCCGGGCAACCCGGAGGUGCAGUCGCAAAUCCUGCGUCACAACGGCGUCAUCAGCCUGCUGAACUGCUGCGUCUACGACGACCACAACCGCUAUGCCCGCGAGCGCGUGCAGAUCUGUCUCAAGUGGUUGAUGGACGGCUCCGAGGAGGCAAACAAGUACCUGCGCGAGCUCAUCGCCAUGUCCCCACCCCCCAACCUGCGGCCUCCUCCAUCUCCGUCUUCGUCGUCCGCAGGAGACCCGCCCACAACGUCCCUGAGGAUAGACGGGAUUGCGGGCGAGGUGAAAGUCCGACUGAGAGCACCGGGCGAAGGACCCCGUCCUUCCGGGUCAACUCUGGCAGGCCGUGCCCUUCCGCCGCUUGCGUCAGCUGCCGCUGCCGCUGCUGCGGCUGCGGUGGGGGAUGUGAAUAACAGCUCGUCAGGUUCGGGCAAUGGCCACAACAACAAUAACAACACGCUGCCGCCUCUCCGGUCUGGGUCCGGGAAUCCUAAUGGGGGCGACGCAGCGGGGACCGGAACAACCGGUUUACCGUCACGGAGUCGCCCGGAGGAGCUGCUGCGGGAUAUCAUCACGCUUGCGGACGAGGCGGCGCGGUUGGCGAUGGGGCGGCGGUUGGAUGCGGAUGAGACGGAGGAGGAAGAGGGUGAGGAGGAGGAGGAGGAGGAUUUCAUGUGAGUGAUGACGGUUUGGACUCUUGAUGAGAUCGAGGGAUGUGAGGAUUUCGCAUAUGUCCAUCAGCGAUCUAUGUUUGUCUGUGCUGUCAAUAUACUUAUACAACUUUGCGGAGGGAGUCAGGGAUGGAAAAUGUGAAAGCCCGGUUAGAACGUUGGGAAGUUACCCAAGACGGAGUGUAUCGGGUAAAGAGCAUUUUGAAUACGAGCAUACGGAUAACUAGAAAGCUGCUUAUUAAGGUCCAAAGUUCUGGGUAUACGCCGCUGCUUAUGAGGAAGUUAUCGCGUUGUACGUAUUGACACGCCACUCCUCAAGAUCCCUUUCUU